AUGGCGUGUCCCCACUUCGCCAGGGUAGUAGCCACUUCUCGGACCUGCGCGCUCGGCGCGACCGCGCCGCUCGUAAGGUCCCGGGCGAGGAGGGAGCGGGCGAGGACUAGGCCGCUGGCUGGGGCGAUUACUUACGAGCAUGAGACUGUUCUUGCACACGGACUCGAUGUUUCGGAGUACGAGGAAAUCGAGACGAUCGUUGCGCAGGUGCUGCCGGAGGCGAGGUUCUGCGUCGUCAAUGAGGACGUCGACGGUUUGACCACGCUCGCGGAGGCCACAGGCGCCCGCAGCGACCUGGCCGACGACGCCGACACCGGCGCCGCGCACGCCGUGGGGCCCCUCGUGUGCAACCACCUCAGCGCGAAGCGCGUGCUGAUCGUGUGCUGUGCGCACGCGGCGCUGGCGGCGCAGCUCACCGACGCGCUGACGUACGCGGGCGCCAGCGUGAUUCUGGCCAUCCCCGUGGACAGGCAUGUAGCGCUGACUCUGGACGCCGUGGUGUGCGACGUCGUGAACUCGCACGCGCGGCUGCACAGGCUGUAUCGUCCGCUGGUGGGUGCGGGGCCCGACGGCAAGCACGCCCCGGGAGUGCGGCUCCCGCAGUCCGCGCAAGUCACGCUGAACUGCUGCCUCGAUGCGGCCCAGGUUCCGACGCACAGGGGCGGGGUCCGGGACGACGCCUCGCACAUCGUGGUGCUCGACCGGUUUUAUACCGAGCGGGAGCGGGUAGAAAUCCUGACGUGGCUGAACGGGACCGGGGCGGACGCGGACGCGCCGGACCCGUCGCGCGGCCGCUGGGAGCGCAGCACCUGCGACAUCGCCGGCGGCACGGAGCAGUGGGGCCUGACGCAGGACGCACUGUACGAGCUCGUCACAAACCCCCCCCAGGCAAUUCGAAAUAUCCAGUCGCGUGUGGCAAAACUCUACGAAGACGCCUACACUGUGUGCAUGGUGCCGGCCGACGCCCUGGCGGGGCAGUACAGCGACCCGAACCUCUCUCCGUUCGUCGCGAACGCCGCGCUCGCCGGCGAGACCUUCACGUGGCACGUGGAUGCCGAUCCCGCCGCCCUGGACCCGACAUCGCCGUGGGCAGUGCACCACGGGUCGUACUUCAACCGCGAGCCCUCCCGGCCGCUGUUCGUGAGCAUGCUGAUAUAUCCGCAGUCGGACUGGCCCACGGAGCUGGAUGCCGAGACCCUCGCGCUGGACCCGGACUCCGCAGCGGGCGUCAUGAUCCGGCCCCUGCCGUAUCGCGUGGUGCUGAUGGACCAGGACGUCCCGCACAGGGUCAGCGCGCCGUCGCCGGUCGCGGGGGACGUGCCGCGGUACUCGCUGGUGUGGAAGCUCGUGCUGCUCCCGCACAGCACGUCGCGGCUCACGACCCUCUCGCGGCCCGAGUGGGGCGCUCCGCUGCAGCUCGGCAGCAAGCCCGUCCCGCUGGCGAAGAAGCGCGACCCGAGCGCAGCGACGUCGAUGAGCAGCGUGGAGGACGACUUGUACGACGUGUGGAGCUGA